AUGUUGUGCGUUCCAGGUACCCUUCCGGUGGCAUUAGCCUCUCUUCUGGACAGUUUUGACAGGCUUCACAGUGUUGGAGGGUUGGACCUUUCCCAAAACCCGUGGGAACACCCUCCCGAGGCGAUCGUGACGGGUGGUAUGCUGGCGGUGAGAGGGUACUUCGAAGCCAUCUUCAGGGGCGGAACUACCGUUGUGACCCGACCGCUCAAGGUCGUCAUCGUUGGAAUGGAGACUGUUGGCAAGACAAGUUUGCGGUGCAGCAUCAAGGCCGGGAAGCCGUGCAUGACGAGAGGGGGUGGUGUGGACAGCACUGUCCAUGUGGAUGUCCAAGACCACAACCUCGAUGUCCAAGACCACAAAGCCGGUGGUCACCCAAUUAGAAUUUUCGAUUGUGCCGGCCAGGCUGCCUACUACGGACUGCUCCAGCUGUUUCUCACCCCUCGUGCUGUAUACCUAUUGGUUUGGGAUGCGGAGAAAGCCAGCCAGAUGGACGAGUUGAACCUUGAAGAUCUUGCCAUUGCUCCCUGGCUGAGGCAAAUGACUUUCCGAGUGCCGGACGCAAACGUGGUACUUGUGGGGAACAAGUGGGAUCUCGUAGCAGAGGCCAAUCUACAUGUAGCGGAUGACGUAGAACGAAAGAGCCGCGAGUGGUUGACUGCCUGGAUAGAGAGUGCGCACCGGCAUCAACCCCCACAACUUUCGUUAGAAGCCGGCGUCAGUCUUGUGAGCUGUGCGCCGUCUGGCCGAGCCGGCUGGGCACCAUCGUUCGGUGGGAGAAAAGCAUGGCCCUGCGACAAGAAUAAGCCGGGGCAGCCGGGGCUUUUCCGUCGCAUCAUAUACAACCCUGUCGAUGACAUGAGGGCUGUUACGAUGCGUCUUUCGCCGGUGUAUGUACUCGCCCUUAAUUUGCUUGAGGAGCUGGCGUCACGCAGUAGGGUAGAUGCGCUGGGCACAGCUGGAACGACGGCAGCAGCUUCAGAAGCAGCCUUGUCUGGUGCAAUCUUGAUCAGGAAGUGGGAGGGAGGACUGGUGGAGUAUGGCAACUACAUCUUCCUUGACGUCGGAUGGUUUGCAGAUGUUCUGGACCCGUUGUUCAGUCACAAGAAAGAUUCAAAUGGCAUCAUUUAUCUCGGUGGCAAAACGGUGACGAACGAUGAUAGCUUGAAACGGCUAGACGCAAAUCAUAUUUUCGAGCCGCGACUCGCUGAAGAUCUUUGGGGCGCAGAGCUCGCACCGCAUCUGCUCUCGGCUUUGAACAGUGCAGGGCUAACGUUUCCCAUUCCGAACGACCCCUUUGAGGGCUUGGUGGUGGUCUUGCGCAUGGACACAGAGCCCCCACCUGACUAUCGUACGAUUGUCGAGGAAGAACAAGCGAGGAAAUAUUACGACCUCAGGCUAGUUGUGCAAUGCUCGUUCAGGCUAGGGUUGCCCCCCGGCUUCGUUGAGCGUCUCCUUGCACGGUGCUGCCACUUGGGCUUUCCGCACCCCUUCUGGCGAUACGGUGCUCUCGUAGUGGGUGCCGGUGCGGAAGAAGGAAAGUUCUCACUGACUUUGGAGUACUCCGAGGAGGACAAGACCCUGAAAGUGCAGGUGAACGGACGAUGUAGUGAGGUCCAUGCUUGGGCGACUCUGUCGAAAGUGCUCUCCGUGACGAUCAAGAUGCUCUCGGAGUUCCCUGGUUUACCGUGCCAGCUGGAGUUUCUCUGCCCUCGGCACGAGGACAAGAGCAUGCGCGUCUUGAAGGCCAACAAUGCACGGCCUGGAUCCCGCUUGGUGGAGGAGGGCAAUUUUUGUCCCGUCUGCCCGGACCGCACGGCGGGCAACGACCUUCUAGGAGCUGCUCUACAUGUGGUGGAGUAUUCAGACACGGAGUUCUCCGAUGCACAGCUCCGUAAGCGGUUUGCCGAUAAUGCCAAGAGGGUGGCUCGUCAGGGUCGUGCGCUCUGGCCGGCAUCGGUGACGGAGGUGGGUUCUUCUACCACAAUUGCUUCCAUGUACAAACCACGUGCAGCACAAAAAUGUCGUAUUCCCAUGAACACCGGUCCUUUGUCUAAACCAUGUGGUUCAACUCAACCUGUUUGCAUUGAAACAUUGGGCUGCUCAGGCCUCUGCGAAUUGUUUUUUGACCGUCGCAGAACUCAACUGUUUGUACAGGUUUCUGAUCCGGCGCCCCCCCAGAUCAGUCCGAUCAGCCCAGCAUCUCUACAGACCAAUCCGAGCAGCCAGGAUUCGCGGACGCCACGGUAUCAGGACCGGAUGAGGGCGUGGGUAAAGGACCUGAGGGUGCAAGUAGGCGCAGCCGGUGCGCUCUGUGUCACUGUAUUUGGGGUGUUUUAUGCCAAGGAAGAUGACGACCCUCGUCUAUGGGGGUUGUUUCUGGGCAUUGGCUUGGUGCUCGCGGUCGUGGAGUUUGUUUUAGUUGCCAAACUGCACGAGCGUUGGUGCUUCAAAUCACCAAGGGUGGAGGCGGCGAGCGCUGGAAAUCAACAAGGGUGUGUGGCCGUGUAG